AUGAGGUGUCCUUGUCCCGAGGUGUGGCUGCCUCAGCUGAGCCCAGCCCUCCUCUUUGUAAGCCCAGGCUCAGUGCGCUGGGAGAUUCCUAGGGCAAACAACUGCCUAGCAAGCCUGGUGAGGAUAGGGACACCUGGCAAUGCUGGGAGGGAGCUGCAAGGGCUCGCAGGAAAAGCCACAGCUGGCCAGUCACGAAUGACGCUGCUGCCUACGCCCAAUGGCAGUGGGUCAAGCCGGGAGCUUGAAGGCCCCUGGCCAGAGAUCCCAGACAGAUCCCCAUGUGUGGCUGGCAUCAUUCCUGUCAUCUACUACAGCAUCCUGCUGGGCCUGGGGCUGCCUGUCAACCUCCUGACCUCCGUGGCCCUGGCCCGCCUUGCCACCAGGACCCGGAAGCCCUCCUACUACUACCUCCUGGCUCUCACGGCCUCGGACAUCGUCACUCAGGUGGUCAUCGUGUUCGUGGGCUUCCUCCUGCAGGGAGCUGUGCUGGCCCGCGAGGUGCCCCCGGCCGUGGUGCGUACAGCGAACAUCCUGGAGUUCGCUGCCAACCAUGCCUCGGUCUGGCUGGCCGUCCUGCUCACGCUCGACCGUUACAGUGCUCUGUGCCGCCCCCUGCACCACCGGGUUGCCUCGUCCCCGGGCCGGACCCGCCGAGCCAUUGCUGCCGUCCUGGGAGUGGCCCUGCUGACUGGCAUACCUUUCUACUGGUGGCUGGAUGUAUGGAGGGACGCAGACCCCCCCAGCACUCUGGACAAGGUCCUCAAAUGGGCUCAUUGCCUCACCGUCUACUUCAUCCCCUGUGGUAUCUUUCUGAUCACCAAUUCAACCAUCAUCUUCAGGCUUCGGCAGAGGGGGCAGGGCGGUCUGCGGCCCCACGUGGGCAAGAGCACAGCCAUCCUCCUAGGCGUCACCACACUCUUUGCGCUUCUGUGGGCACCCCGGAUCUUUGUCAUGCUCUACCACUUGUACGUGGCUCCUGUCCAUCGGGACUGGAGAGUCCACCUGGCCUUAGAUGUGGCCAACAUGGCGGCCAUGUUCAACACAGCAGUCAACUUUGGCCUCUACUGCUUUGUUAGCAAGACCUUCCGGGUCACUGUUCGAGAGGUCAUCCACGAUGCCCACCUGCCCUGCACUCUGGGGUCACGGCCAAAAUGCAUGGUAGUGGAGCCUGUUCUGAAACUCCAGGACUCCCUAAAGGGACAAAAAUGGAGGAGAUCUAGAACAUGCAGGUUCAUCCCCGUGGGUGCCAACAAAAACUACAAGGACAUGCGCUACGUCAUCAUACAGGGCAACGCCAAGGCCCAGAAAAUAGCUCGGCCAGCUUCCCGGCAGCCUCCAGCUACACCACAGCUGGGCUUCCGGCAGUGGAGACCUCGCAAGCCCCAAGCUGGGCAGGGAACAGCUGGGACUGGGCCCCGCCUAGAAGCCAAGCUGCCUGGCCCUGCCUUGCUGGAGGCACCACCUCUGCUAGGCAACUCUGAGCCCCUGUGGUACCAUGUCCUGUCUGGGCUCAAACAAACACACUCCAUUGCCUCUGCACCACCCCAACCGGCUGGCUCCGACCACGCGCUGCUGGCGAUUCCCCAGGCAACUCACGAGGCCCCGCACCCUGGAGACCCGCACCGUGCCCUCUCUGCGUCCCUAGAGCCCUGGUCAUGCUCAACAACCGCUCCCUGCUCCGUGCGUCGCGGCCCCUUUGGGGCUCACGUGCUCGCUAGUUAG